AUGCGGAAAGGAGAAAAAGGGGAGUGUCUAAGGGAAAGUUUUGAGGAGUCCUGGACCCCAAACUACAAGCAGUGCUCGUGGAGUUCGCUGAAUUACGGCAUAGAUCUUGGGAAAAUUGCGAGUGUUGUGACUGGUCAACUGUGUUUUGCAGUGGAAGGACUCUGCGAAGGGAUCGGAGCUGGGCUGGUGGAUGUGGCCAUCUGGGUUGGCACUUGCUCUGAUUACCCUAAAGGAGACGCUUCUACAGGGUGGAACUCAGUAUCUCGCAUCAUUAUUGAAGAGCUACCAAAAUAAAUCCUCCGAGGCUUCUGUUCCCUACCUCUUGUAUUUUUAAAACCAAACCUUUGAAUGGGUUCAUUUAAGUGACAUUCAACCAAUCAUUUUAUGUACCCAGCUGAAUGAAA